CUUAGCUGGUGGCGGCCUCAAGACAAGUUGUGCGGGUUCGCUGAUCAAUCAGCGAUAUGUGCUGACAGCGGCGCAUUGUGUGACCGGUCGGAUAGAACGAGAUGUCGGACCAUUAACCUCCGUACGUCUGGGUGAGCAUGACACGCGUAGCACUGUCGACUGCUCCGGUAAUGUGUGUGCACCGGAAGCUCAACGUGUGGGCAUCGCUGAGAAGCGCGUGCAUGACAGCUAUAGAAUGGAUUCCCCAAAUCAAGUGCACGAUAUUGCGUUGAUUCGCAUGGAGCGCAAUGUACGUUACUCGGACAGCAUCCGACCCAUAUGUCUACCCUCCGUUGCUGGCCCGGAGCCGCGACGUGCCGGCCAACAGUACACAGUCGUUGGCUUUGGACGCACCCUGCAGACCAAGGAGAGUCCUGUCAAGCAAAAGCUAACUGUGGCCUAUGUGGAGCCGGCCCAGUGCCAGCGCAAGUUUGCCGAACGCAAAAUCCAAAUCGCACCCACCCAGAUCUGUUUGGGAGGUAAGUUCGGACAGGAUAGCUGCGAUGGGGAUUCCGGUGGUCCGCUGAUGCGCUUCCGUGGCAGUGCCUGGGUUCUGGAAGGCAUCGUCUCCUUCGGCUACAAGUGCGGCCUCAACGGCUGGCCGGGCGUCUACACAAAUGUGCAAGCCUACGAUAUAUGGAUAAGGCAGAAUACCUAUAAUUACGAGCAAUCGAUCGUUCGAUUGUUGUUGUCAGUGCCUCGACCGCCGUCGCUCAUGUUUCGCACGGCGCAUUGGGCUUUGUGGGCGGCCGCCUGCUCAUUGCUCGCCAGCUGCUGUCUCGCAACGGAUGAGAUCGGACGUCAGAGCUGCGAUAUACCCAACGAGACGAAGCGUGGCAUUUGUGUGCAGGUUAGCCAAUGCUCGGCGUAUCUUCAAGUGCGCAAUGUGACGAACUUAACCGCGGAGAAGGUCAAUUUUCUAAAGAAAGUGCAAUGUGAACUCGAAACAAUUGCUUCCGGCGAUCAGCCUGCAGAUGACGGUCAUGCCGACUAUGAAUCGUUAGUCUGCUGCCCGGCCAAUGGACAGGAUUAUCUAUAUCCUGUCAUACAGUUCUCCAAAUUCGAGUAUCGGCGCUUUCUCGAUGUCACGGCGCGCUUUAAAAAGAAGAAACUCAAACGACGCAUUCAAACUGUCGAGCCUAGCACGGGCUUUAAUUUGCUUAACGAAUGCGGCAAACAGGUCACAAAUCGCAUCUAUGGCGGCGAAAUAGCCGAGCUGGAUGAGUAUCCCUGGUUGGCUCUGCUGGUCUAUCAUUCAAAUGACUAUGGCUGCAGUGGAUCUCUAAUUGAUGAUCGUCACAUCUUAACCGCCGCCCAUUGUGUACAGGGUGAGGGCGUGCGUGAACGUCGUGGAUUAAAACAUGUGCGCUUGGGUGAAUUUAAUGUCAAAACAGAGCCCGAUUGCGUUGAAGAGCCUAACUACUUGAGCUGUGCGGACGCUGCUUUGGAUAUAGCUUAUGAUAAAAUAUAUGUGCAUCCUGAAUACAAGGAGCAUUCUAGUUACAAAUACAAUGAUAUUGCCAUCAUUAAGCUGAAGCAUCCUGUGUCCUUUACACACUUCAUUAUGCCCAUUUGCUUGCCAAAUAAUACGGCUGAGACGCCUUUUGUGGAGGGACAAACGUUCUCGGUCUCCGGUUGGGGACGAACUGAUCUAUUCAACAAGUACUUCAUCAACAUACACAGCCCCAUUAAAUUGAAGCUGCGCAUACCCUAUGUGUCGAAUGAGAAUUGCACGAAAAUAUUGGAGAUGUUUGGGGUACGUUUGGGGCCGAAACAGAAGUGCGCCGGUGGGGAAUAUGGCAAAGAUACCUGCGCCGGCGAUAGUGGUGGUCCACUAAUGUACUUCGAUCGUAAACAUUCCCGAUGGCAUGUCUAUGGCAUCGUCAGCUACGGAUUCACACAAUGCGGCAUGGCCGGACAUCCGGCGGUUUACACAAAUGUUGCCGAAUAUAUGGAUUGGAUUCAAAGUGUUCUGGGCACUUGACAACAGAUUUAUUCGAUUUACCCAGUGGGGUGGGUGGCAUCUAACAACACCGAUAUUUUCAAAUAUUUGUACAUAUUUUGCUAAUUAUCUAACGGCAAAUGCUCGUGCCGUCUGCUAUUUGACUAAUUGUGUGUGCGACUGUGUGUGUGUGUAUGCAUGUGUGUGUAUGUCUAUGGCUGAGUGCUAUUUGUGUGCGUUAACAAAAGUCUGAAAAACAUGUCUUUAUUUAAAUAAACUAUUAAAAUAUUUACACAACAACAACAAUAAAAACAUGAAAUUGAAAAUAAAAUUGAGAAA